GCCGCCCCCAUCUCGAUGUCUCCUAUUGGCCAGUGCAACUACGAGUCCCGGUCCGGGUCAAAUUCAGGUUCGGACCCGGGGCUGACGAGCGGGGUCGGUGGAGGACACGGCUGCUGGAGACGCACACCUGAGCCGGACCCGUUAAUGAAGGUUUAGAGUUUCCUCCUUGACGUUCAUCGGACGACGAAGCUAAGCUAGCUGUUAGCAUGGCGGCCGUCGUCCUGCUGUCGACCCUGCAGGGUCUGAACCGACUCUCACAGAACUUGACGUGGACCAGGAGAAGUUUGAGAUUCGUGUCCGGUGGGGUGGAACGUAUCGAGAAGGUUCUGAUCGCUAACCGCGGCGAGAUCGCCUGCCGAGUGAUGCGGAGCGCGCGCCGGCUGGGCGUGCGCUCCGUGGCGGUGUACAGUGACGCGGACAGAGACUCGAUGCACGUCGCCAUGGCGGAUGAGUCCUAUCACAUCGGGGCUGCGCCCUCCCAGCAGAGCUACCUGUGCAUGGACAAGGUGCUCGAGGUCGCCAAGAGGUCCGGAUCCCAUGCGGUCCACCCUGGGUAUGGAUUCCUGUCGGAGAACACAGAGUUUGCUGAAGCUUGCCAGCGUGAAGGGAUCAUCUUUAUCGGACCUCCGUCAUCUGCCAUCAGAGACAUGGGCAUCAAGAGCACGUCCAAACACAUCAUGGCUGCUGCGGGGGUGCCCAUCAUCGGAGGUUACCACGGCGAGGACCAGUCAGACUCACGGCUGCAGGAGGAAGCGGCCAGGAUCGGCUACCCUGUGAUGAUCAAAGCUGUUCGCGGAGGAGGUGGCAAGGGCAUGCGAAUCUCCUGGUCGCCAUUGGACUUCCUGGAGCAGUUGGAAUCUGCGAGACGAGAGGCUCGGAAAUCUUUCAAUGAUGACGUCAUGCUUGUGGAGAAGUUUGUGCAGGACCCCAGACAUGUGGAGGUCCAGGUGUUCGGGGACGUCCAUGGAAACGCGGUUUACCUGUUUGAGAGAGACUGUAGUGUCCAGAGGAGACACCAGAAGAUCAUCGAGGAGGCCCCUGGGCCUGGCAUCAGUCCAGAGGUCCGGCGCAAGCUUGGGGAGGCUGCCGUUCGAGCUGCCAAGGCUGUGAAGUACGUGGGAGCAGGGACAGUGGAGUUCAUCAUGGAUGCAGAGCAGAACUUCUAUUUCAUGGAGAUGAACACCAGGCUGCAGGUAGAACACCCCGUCUCUGAGAUGGUGACGGGCACAGACCUAGUGGAGUGGCAGCUCAGGGUGGCAGCAGGUGAGCGCCUGCCACUCCUACAGGAAGACAUUGUCCUCAGAGGUCAUUCUUUUGAGGCCCGGAUCUAUGCUGAAGACCCCAACAACGACUUCCUGCCAGGGGCGGGACCUUUGCUGCACCUCUCCACGCCAGCAGCAGACUCUCACACUCGGAUAGAGACGGGUGUCAGACAAGGAGAUGAAGUCUCCGCCCACUACGACCCCAUGAUCUCCAAGUUGGUGGUCUGGGGAGAAGAUCGCCGCGCAGCCUUGAAGAAACUUCGCUAUGGUUUACGUAACUUCAACAUCGUUGGGCUCAACACAAACAUCGACUUCCUGCUCACUCUGUCAAGUCACCCGGAAUUUGAAGCUGGAAAUGUCAACACCAGUUUUAUCCAGCAACACCAUGAUGACCUGUUCCCUGCCGCCACCCCCACCUCUGCUGCCACCAUCUGCCAGACUGUUCUGGGACUUAUACUGACCGAGCGGAGACACACAGACCACUUCAGUGAGACCACCACAGACCGCUUCUCUCCAUUCGGGUCUGGUCUUGGGUGGAGACCAAACACUCAAAUGGUCAGAGAUGUGAGGUUGCAGCUCAAAGAUGAGAAACUGGAUGUUGCCGUCACGUUUAACAAAGAUGGAAGUUUCCUGAUGCAGGUUGGCCAGGACCUGCAUCAUGUGACUGGUCAUUUGGAGGAUGAGGGCGGAGUUUGUUAUCUGCGUUGUUCAGUUAACGGAGUGAAAUCUCGACCCAAACUGCUGGUUCUGGAUGACACAGUCCACCUCUUCUCUUCCGAAGGAAGCUGCAGCGUGUCGCUUCCUGCUCCGAAACACCUGGCUGCAGUGAGCGGGUCAGCAGCUCAGGGCGGUGCUGUGGCCCCCAUGACUGGAACCAUUGAGAAGGUCUUGGUGAAAGUGGGAGAUCAGGUGUCGGCCGGAGACCCACUUGUGGUGAUGAUUGCCAUGAAGAUGGAGCACACAAUACGGGCUCCGAAGGCUGGUCGGAUCAGGAAGAUCUUUUUCAGUGAGGGGUCGCAGGCGAACCGCCAUGCCGCGCUGGUGGACCUGGAGGAGUGUGACGCUGAAUAGCUCAUCUGAGCACAAACAAGUUACUUACUUACACUCCAAGUUAAAUAGGUUCGUUGUUUUCCAAAUAAAUAUGUUGAAGAGAACUUGAGUCAACUUCCUGUCCGUCUGUAGAGGACAAUCUCCACUUUGUUGGAACUGAGGACUCGAAGUAUGAUGACAGAACAUCCUGGUUAACUGCUGUGUAAAAUAAAGGACUGACCCUGAAGCCCAAACUUUUCUCAACA